UUAGUUGGUUCUCUCAGACAACUGGCAACUCCGUCGUUGGCUGCCGCGCGUGCUUAUCGUAUCGCACCGUGAAUCAAUUUUGAUUGUUCGUUCUAAAUUUCCGAUGACUUAGUGACAAAAAUAGUGUAGUAAAAAUGACAUUGGUAAAUUGGUAAAUGAAAUAAAUCGUAUUUAAAUUUAAUCGUUUCUGUGUUUAUUUCGUGCUUAGUGUCAGUAUUAAGUGAGUAUUAUGAACUUUGAGGACUAUGAAACCCUUCCAACCCAGAACUCUGUCACACAUAUGACAGCUGGAGCGAUAGCGGGAGUGAUGGAGCAUUGCAUAAUGUACCCGCUCGACUCCGUCAAGACGCGCAUGCAGUCGCUGCGGUCGGCGCACAACGGCAGCAUCCGGGAGACGCUGCGCUACAUGGUGCAACGCGAGGGCCUGCUCAGGCCCAUUCGCGGCAUGUCUGCGGUGGUGGCGGGCGCAGGGCCGGCGCACGCCUGCUUCUUCGCCACCUACGAGCAGAGCAAGCACACGCUCGGACAUCUCACCAGGCAUCGCCACGACCACAUCACGCACGGUCUGUCGGGCUGCCUGGCGUCGCUGGUGCACGACGCAGUGUCCAACCCGGCGGAAGUGGUGAAGCAGCGGCUGCAGAUGCUGCACUCGCCGUACCGCGGGGUGUGGGAGUGCGCGCGCCGCAUCUACCGCGCCGAGGGCCUGCGCGCCUUCUACCGCUCCUACGGCACGCAGGUCGCCAUGAACGUACCCUUCCAGGCGGUGCACUUCGUGACGUACGAGUGGUGUCAGGCGCGCGUGAACCCGACGCGCGCGUACGACCCCGCGGCGCACGCGCUGUCCGGCGGGCUGGCGGGCGCGCUGGCCGCCGCCGCCACCACGCCGCUGGACGUCUGCAAGACGGCGCUCAACACGCAGGAGGCGACGGCGGACGGGCUGGCGCAGGCCGCCGCGCUCGUCUUGCGCACCUCCGGCCUCAAAGGCUUCUUCCGCGGCCUGCACGCGCGCGUCCUCUACCAGAUGCCCGCCGCCGCCAUCUGCUGGCUCACCUACGAGACCUUCAAGCACAUCCUCGCCAAGACGGAGGACGGUGGAGGGGAUGGGGUUGCAAAAGACAGAACGGGCGGCGUCAGUAACGCGGGCGGCGUGGGGGGCGUGGGCGGCGUGGGGGGCGUGGGCCCGCCGCUGGCGUGCGCGGCUCUGCGGCUGGCGGCCGAGGUGCCGCCGCCGUCUCUGACGCGCACGUAGUCGCCGCCGGCGCCCUCUUGUUGAACUUUGUUGUUGAAAACGUUGACAAAAAUAUAUUUGUGUUUUUUUUUUGGAAAUUUCUCGCCCGAUUUCGUUUCGGUCCGAUGUCUGUGAUGUUGUUUUAAUGUGGUGCGGAGCGCGGCCGGAGUCUGCGCGGGGACUUACAUACAGUCAUUCUAUCCUAUGUUUUGUUUGUUGAGGGUUAGAAGGUCCUCGCCCCCUCCCACUCACCCC